CCCCCCCCCCACUUGUCGCGCCUGAGCCCAGGCCAUGGGCAGCCUGUGGCGCCUGUUAACGGGCAGUUGUCGCUUCCUCCUGGUCGCACCUCGCCUCCUGCCACCCCCGGGCCCGCCUUGCUACCCCCUCGCCGCCCGGGCACAGCUGCAGGUCCGGAGGGGGCCCCAGGGCCCGCGGAAAUGGGGCAAAAACCGUCAGGACUACCCGAGGGAAUGUGAGGAAGGCAUCAACAGACAGAUCAACCAGGAGCUCACCGCCUUCUAUGUCUACCUGUCCAUGUCAUACUACUUUGACCGGGAAGAUGUCGCUUUGCGGAACUUUGCCAAGUUCUACUUUGAGCAGGCACUUGAGGAACAGAAACAUGCAAAGUUGCUGAUGGAUUUUCAGAAUCAACGUGGAGGCCGCAUCAUCUUCUGGGACAUCAAGAAACCCAGCCGGGAUGAGUGGGGAAAUGGCUUGGAAGCUAUGGAACAGGCCCUGGAGCUGGAGAAAACGGUGAACAAAUCUAUCCUGGAACUACACAAAGUGGCAUCCGAGCACAACGAUCUUGUUCUAUGUGAGUUCCUGGAAUCUAACUACUUGAAUGAGCAAAUUGAGGCCAUUAGGAUGUUUGGAGAUCACAUCACCAACCUGAAGCGGUUGGGAGCUCCUGAGAAUGGCAUGGGAGAGUACUUGUUCGACAAGCACACCCUGGGGGAAGGCAGCUAACAGUCAAGGACACCUGGCCAUCGUAUGUCAAUAGAGCACAGCCUCGUGUUCUGCCAAGUUAUCACCCUGACCAGCCAGAUGGGAAUCUAUAGCAAAAUUGAACAGUAGAUCGUGUUGUCCCAUAUGUUACAUUAUAGCACUGUUGUUGCUAGAAUAAAUGAACUGUGGCAUUAAAGUGAAUCCAUUUUGGCAACAGUAAUCCAUUCGAUAAGUACUUCCAGAAAGAAUACACUUGGCAAUCUGUUCCCAAAUAAAAGUGGUUAAGUCUUUA